AUCAAGUAACGAAGGCACAAGUUGGUAUGACAGUAUCAAAAACCGUGAACACUGUUCACGAUCAGGAGUCGAAAUCAACAGAAAACGAGAUAAGUGUAUCAGAUAUUGACACCUCCUCACCUAAUAAUACGAUUCAAAUCUCUAUCCACGAAGUGACUGCUUCCAGCAAUUCCUCUGAUGUUGAUAAAAUAAGUGGAGAAGUCUCACGCAGUGAAGAUACUAUUGCAUCUAAAUCAUUUACAGGAGCUUUCUGGGAGAGCGUGAAGAAACCUUCUCUCGUAAAAUAUUUAGAGUUUCGAUUACACGAAGAUGAUAUCAAUAAUUUAGAAACAGAACACCAUAGUUACAUAAUGGAACUAAAUACUAUCGCAAAACACUGUGCUGAAUCACCCGAAAUCGUGCAGAAAUUCGAUUUUAUUUAUUGUUCUGCGCCUGACUGUGUUGCACUGUUCCGUCACCAACUACCUUGUCAAGCGCUGUUUGGCAGUGGGAAAGAGUGCAGUUCUGUUGUGGGAAAGAGCGCGGUUCUGUUGGUGGCAGGCGAUAAAAGCUCUGAAGAAGUAAAUCUUUUCUGGAAUUUACACCAAAAUAUUCACACUGAGAUCAAGUUAUACGAGAAAAAGGCACAUCUACAUCGAAAGAGCAAACCAAACGAUCUGAAAGAUCAAAUCAGUAUCAAACAGACGCAACAUAUAUUGGAUGCAACAAAAGAAACACUGUCUCAAAAUCUUACAUUACAAAGAACAGUCAUUAAACAACACUUGUUGGGUAAGACGGAUGUAUUACAUAUUGAGAAUUCGGAACCUGUAACUGGACAAAAACGAUCUUAUGAGGAAGAAUUACCUUCAAAACCACCAAAUAAGAUGAAAAAACUUGAUCUUGGUCUUAAUGUCCCAAAAUCCUUUGUUACUUUUCCUACUAUUGGUAUCAACUUUAACAUUAUCUGCCAGUUUCAUUGGAACUUAAAAGAUUAUCAAAAUGCACUAUAUGUUGUCUGCCCUCUUGAAAUAUUCGAAGAUGGUUAUGUAGGAUUUCCCGAAUUAAUGCUGGCAGUUAAUGUAAAGCAAGGACGAACUAAAAGAUAUGAUCUAAAAGUAAUUGCUCACAGGAACCUUCCAAUAAUAUCUGAG